UUUCGUUCUUCGUAUCAGUUCUACUCAAAGUCAUCCAACAAGUUAACAUGAACAACAGUUUGCCAUUGAUCGUAAUUAUAAUUUGCAUGUGUGCGGAUUUGUGCAAAUGCCACAGUACUGAAACGGGAAUGAACAAUGCGUCCCAAAUUCUGCAAAAGUUUUUAAGUUCGUGUUCGCACAAAAAGCAAUUCGGAAAAUGUUUGAAAAUUCAAGCACUAAAAGUGACCGAACGUGCGUUGAAUUUAAAGGCCCUGAAUGUGAUGGAUGGAGUGAAAAUUGUUGGUAACAAUCGGCUUGGGAAAAGCAUCAGUCAGUCGAAUUUGAAUGAAACGAAAUUGGAAAUGUUGACUCAUAGUGAUCUGGACGAUCUAUUAGGAGACCGGACAUCUAGAUUUUUCAAUACUCACAAAAUAGAAGUGAAUAUCCCCAAAUUAAUCGAACAAACUGGACGGAGUUGGUCUGGUCAAGCCCGCGGAAAAGGCGGAGGAAGUGAUGGUAAAGACAAAGGAGGAGGCAAUGGAGCACUUCUAGCCGCAUUAGCCAUUAAAGGCAGUUUCCUGGCUAUGGCCUAUCAAGGCAUUGCAGUUAUGUCGGGCACAGCAAUUAUUAUAGGAAAAAUGGCUCUAGUUCUAACCGCUAUUUUGGGCCUCAAAAAGUUAGUGUCAGGAAAUCAGGAAAAGACCACUUUUGAAAUUAUCAAAACCCCCAAAUACACAGAAGAGCACGUGCACACAUCGACCUAUGAAGACGAUUAUCACGACAAUUACAGAAGAAACUACUUGGACAAUGGCGAAAUCCAGAAGAGGAUCUUCAGAUUUCGUCUUCCUCCCCAUUAAAAAUUUUAUCUGAAUUUGCAUUGUAAGGAAAUGUUUUGUAACCCUUAUAUAAAGAGGAUUGGGAGUGA